AUGUUUAAUCAUCUUAUUAAGAGAAAAAAAACCUUGAAGAGUAAAAAACAUAUUGCUUGCAACACUAGCAGCAAAAAUGGGUCGUUGAUAGCUAUCCAAAGUUAUACAACUAGUAACAACAAUACUACUCACAAUGGCUACCAGAAUGAUACACUAAGUAACGAUACCAUGGACUCAAGUUAUAAUCCAGAACAAGGGUCUGAUUCAACAACUUUUUUAGAAAAAUAUAAACUUGCAACAAAAUAUAAAAACACUAAUAAUAGCAAUACUAAAAGUCGUGCAAAUACUUUUAGAAAUGUUAUUUCCGUUGAACCUACCGGACCGAUUUUUUUAUCAACCAACCGGGAAGUUUCUUUAUCUAAAAAAUAUGAACAAGGAUUUGAAACUUUAAAAAAACCCCCAGAGAAUUUUCCAAUUCCAGUUAAAAUUCCGCAUGAAAUUAAUACUUAUUUUAUAGAAACAACCAAAGAUGGGGAUGGAUUUUAUAAUCUUGUUGGGAAUAGGUAUAGUACUCGGGAAGACAAAAUUUUAGAUUUGGAUGGUGCAGUAAAUUACGAUGUUACUAUUUAUUCCGAUGAAAAUAGAUCAGAAAAACCGAAUUUUAUAGAACUAUCAAGGCUGAAUACUAAAAAUAUUGAUAAAAGUGAAAAAUCUUUAAGGGAAAUAAAACCUAAUGAUAAUAGUAAUAUAAUUUUAAAUCGGAAAAGAGUUCCCGUAGAAGACACAUUUGCAAAUUCGACAAAAGAAUAUAAUGCUGUUAAUAAGGACUUUUUUCCACUUUCAUCCAUGUUCAAAGAUACUGCUUCAAAUUUUGAUAUUUUAUAUGUUCAUUUAUGUCUACAAUUGGGGAAUAUAGAAAUUUAUGAAGAUAAAAUAAAAAAUGAAAAAAAUAGGUUUUAUGACCCAAUUUUUGAAAGCUAUGCAAACGGUUUAGGGUUAGCUAGUGAUACCUUUGUUCAACGACUAAUGUGCACACAGGAAUUUUUGGAAUUGAUGGACUUACUCGAUGUUUAUGAAAAGCUUGAUCAUUUAAGCAAGAUUUUGAAAUCAAUACUGUUGACUGAUUUUGAAAAAGUGUUCAAUCCUUUGAAAUUUGGUGGUAAUGACAAAGAGCAUGAAACUAAAAGGGCUAAUACAUUAAAAAGUUUUGUUGAUAAGUUGUAUUUUAUUUUGGGUAAUAUUUGUUUAUACUAUAUGAAUUUUAAAAAUUUAAAUGAUGUCGAUGAUAAUGCUGAAGCCACUUUGGGGUUUGCGAGAUCGGAAAGAAUCAAAAGUUUUAAUAACGUGCAUUGCAAGUACCAUUGGUUUAUGGAGGAAAAUAAAAAUUUAUAUUACAAAAUUCAUGAUUUUUUAAACAUGGAUCAAGAGCGUCUCAAAGGGGAUGAUUUUUUAAGAAGGAUUUUAAAAAAAAAAGGCGCAGAAAGUGGGGAAACGGCUAUUAGCAAAGCUGAGGAUGGAAAUGAACUCUAUAAGGCAUUUAAUUUUGAAAUAAAAUUUAGUGACGAGUGUACUUCUCAUAAUUAUGAUUAUGAAUUGAAAUGCAAAAUCGAACAAAUUGAACAUAUUAAAAUUGCCGCUAAUUUUUUGGCUUUAAAAUUAAAAGAGAUAUUCAAUAUUAUCUUUACCAUUAUCAUAGGUUUAAAUAGGAUUGAUCAUAAUUAUAAUUAUAAUAACGACUAUAUACAUAAUGCUAGUUACGAGCAUGCAGAAGAAAAAACUUUUUUUUUCCCACAAAGACAUGCUAAAACGGAAGAAGGCGUUAUCAGCGGUAAAAAUCCUGCUAGCAUUACCAAAUUUGAAAGAUUAGCAGUCUCAAUUUUAUUUAAAUUCAUGGAAGUUGCUAUUAAAUUAAGAAAUAAUGAGAUGUUGGUAGACUUAAAUGUUUAUUUUGAACGCCUAAUGGGGAAUAAUGAGUUAUUACUCAUUGAUGUUUUCAGAGACCCUUUUUUCUACAACCUAAAACCACUGGAUUUUGGUGACAAAAACUCAGAAUAUGACCGUAGCCUAAGUGAAGAUUGUAUUAGGAAAACUUUAAUUGCCAAACACUAUCAGUUAAUUAGAAAGAUUCAAACCGAAUGUGCGUGGUACAAAAAGGUUUUAUCGUCAUCUACUACCUUUCGGGAAUACUACAAGAAACAACUUAGUAGGAACAGCGGGUAUUUUAAAAACACAGAACUUUAUGACAUUGAUGAUAAACGUAAAAGCAGAAAGCAAAAGGAUUACGAAUCUUUAUCAAUGUGUAAGACUGCACUAGAGGCUGGGUAUUGUAACCAAGGGAACGAUACUAUUAAGCAGCUAUUAGAUGUUAUAGCUUUAAACUGUAUAGAUGUGUUGGAGAAAUAUAUGCCUGAAAAAAAAGGAAAACAGGUUAUACCAAUAAAUGAAAGUAAAAGCAGUGCCAAAAACGCUGACACCAGUGGUGAUAAUAGCCAAGUUAUUAAAGCAACAGACUCAAAAAUUGGCAAACAUAUCAAAUUAUCCGAAUAUAUUCAUAAUAAACUGAAUAACAUAAAAUUAAAAUGUGGUAAUUUUAAAUGCAACUUUAAAAGAAGGGGGAACUGUAGAAAAUAUAAGAACAAGACAAAAAAGGAAAAUUGUGGUAGUAUCCAAAUUGUGAGUUCUUUUGUUCUGCCAGAAAAGAGGGAAUCAUGUGGGUUAAAACCAGCAAAGGUAUCCCUUUCCCAACAGGAGAAACCUAUUUUAAAAGUGUUAUCAACGAGUUGUAAAAAAGGGAUCACAGAUUAUUUUCCCUAUAAAAAUCAACACGUGGAAACUUUAAUGGAGGUAAGGAAAGUAAUACUAAGAAAUAUUUAUGAUUAUUACGAUAAAAAUGGUGCAAAGGUUGAAUUGUUACAAGAUGUCCGAUUGUUGCCACAAAUGAGUGACAAUUUUAGUUUGAUUUCUAUAAUUGAUACGAAUACAAACAAUUCAAAUAUAAUAAGUGUUAAUAACAAAAAUUACACAAAGUGUGAAUAUAUGGUAUCGAAUUGUCCGUAUAAGUAUAUGGGAUUUACUGGCUCAAAAAUCAUAGAUUCGUUAGAGUUGUUGUGCUAUCAAAAGGGAGAGGGGCAUGGUUAUAUUAGGGAAUAA